AUGGAGUUGAAUAGCAGUGUGAAUGAGUUCAUUCUGUUUGGGUUAACACAGAAUGUUGUAAAGGAGAAAGUAGUGUUUGCAGUCUUCUUGUUUCUGUAUCUCACAACCCUUUUGGCAAAUUUACUUAUUGUGAUGACUAUAAGAUACAGCCGGACACUUGAGAACCCCAUGUACUUCUUCCUUUUUUACUUAUCCUUUGCUGAUGCUUGUUUCUCAUCAACCACUGCUCCUAGGUUAAUAGUAGAUUCUGUAUCUGAGAAGAAAGUCAUCUCCUACAAUGAAUGCAUGACCCAGAUUUUUGCAGUUCACUUCUUUGGGUGCAUGGAGAUCUUGGUGCUCAUCCUCAUGUCCUUUGAUCGCUAUGUGGCCAUUUGUAAGCCCCUGCGAUACACAACUAUUAUGAGUUGGCAUGUGUGUGGUACACUGGUGAAUCUAGCUUGGGUGGUGUCUUGUAUCCAUUCUUCUGCACAGAUUUUCUUGGCUUUGAAACUACCCUUCUGUGGACCCAAUGUUAUUGAUCAUUAUUUCUGUGAUAUGCCACCUUUGUUGAAACUUGCAUGCAUGGACACUUAUGUAAUCAAUUUACUCAUUGUCUUUAACAGCGGGGCUAUCUGCAUGGUGAGUUUUUUAGUCCUGCUUAUCUCUUAUAUUUUCAUCUUACAUUCUCUGAAUGACCAGAGUGCAGAAGGAAGAAAGAAAGCCCUCUCUACGUGCACUUCCCACAUCACUGUUGUCAUUUUAUUCUUUGUUCCUUGUAUAUUCACAUAUACUCGCCCUGUAACUACAUUCCCAUUGGACAAGAUGGUGGCUGUGUUUUACACUAUUGGGACACCCUUGCUCAACCCUCUGAUUUACACUCUGAGAAAUGCAGAAAUGAAAAAUGCCAUGAAGAAGUUAUGGUGCAGCAAACUCUGA